CACACAUAUGCACACGGACACAUUCAGAAUACUGCAACAGGCUAAAAUCAGGAAGAGAACUGGGACUCGGUGAAGAAGUGAGAAACAAGUGGAGAGACUGAAAGGAUGGAGGAAUAUGAUAUCAUUGUGCUUGGAACUGGACUUAAGGAAUGUAUCCUCUCUGGUUUAAUGUCUCAAAGUGGGAAGAAGGUUCUUCACAUUGACAAGAAUCCUUACUAUGGAGGAGCGAGUGCAUCCAUCUCUCCCCUUGAGGAGCUGUACAAGAAGUAUAAUGUUUCAGGUCCUUCUAAGUCUAUGGGCCGUGGAAAAGAAUGGAACGUCGAUCUUAUCCCCAAAUUUUUUCUUGCCAAUGGCGAGCUGGUGAAAAUCUUGGUGCACACUGAGGUUACUCGAUAUCUGGACUUCAAAGUCAUUGAAGGCAGCUAUGUGUACAAAGCAGGCAAACUGCACAAAGUCCCCGGCACAGAGGAAGAGGCCCAUAACUCAGAUCUGAUGGGCAUGUUUGACAAGAGAAGGUUCAGGAAGCUGCUGCUCUUUGCCCUGAACUUUGACAUGAGAAACCCUCGGACCUACCAGGACAUGGAUCCUAAGAAAUUGACCACGCGGGACCUUUUCACCCGCUUUGACCUGGGACUAGAUGUAAUGGAGUUCACAGGUCAUGCCAUAGCCUUACACAGCAACGAGAGUUACCUGGACCGGCCGUAUGGGGAAACGAUCGGACGGAUCAGGCUGUACUGUGAGUCUCUGUCCCGCCACAGUGCCAGUCCAUACCUCUACCCUGUGUACGGGCUGGGCGAACUGCCACAGGGAUUUGCCAGAUUGAGUGCAGAGUAUGGAGGAACCUUCCUCUUGAACAGAGCAGUGGAUGAGCUUGUGAUGGACAACGGCCAAGUGAAAGCUGUGAAGUCUGAGGGAAAGCUGUACAGCUGUAAACAGCUCAUCUGCGACCCCAGCUACGUUCCUAAUCGAGUGAGGAAAGUGGGGCGUGUGAUAAGAGUCAUCUGUUUAUUAAAUCAUCCAGUUAAAAACACCCACGAGGCCAGCUCCUGCCAAAUCAUCAUCCCUCAAACACAACUCCACAGGAAAUCUGACAUUUACAUAUCUGUAGUGUCCUAUGCGCACAGUGUAGCCUCAGAUGGGAUGUACAUCGCCACAGUGAGCACGAUGGCAGAAACCAACAACCCAGAAAAAGAAGUUCAGCCAGGGCUGGACCUCCUGGAGCCCAUCAAGCAAAAAUUUAUUUCAGUCCACCACAUCCUGGUUCCCAAUGAAGAUGGAAGCAAGAGUCAGAUAUUCGUGUCCCGGUCAUAUGAUGCAUUUAACCACUUUGAGGAUGAAUACGAGGACAUCAGAGACAUGUACCGCCGCAUAACAGGAGUAGAGCUCCACAUCGGAGGAUCACAGAGACACCAGUCUCACAACUCUGAUGACGACUGAGAAACAUCAGGGCCAAAAAAUUCAACAGCUGGGAGGCCAUAAUGACAUUAUGGGUGAUUAUAGCCAACUGCUACACAGCUGUAGCUGAGGGUGUGUUAUGCAGCAUGUAGAGUGAGUUGUGAGUGCACUAUGUAAAUGUUGGAUAUCUAAUUUGUUUGCUAUGUCCUUCUUUUGUGAUACUCUAUAACAGUUUGGAAAACAUCUUUUUCUUUUCAUGAACUUUAAAGUUCUAGUCUUCUGUAUUUGUAAUGUUUUGGUAUGACACAAGGUGCUCUGUAGCCAUCUACUUUUUUGUUACAUAGUUCUUCUGUUGUAUUGUUUACACCUUCAAAGUAAAAUCCUGACCACGCUGACCUUUGUGGUGAAAAUUCUUGUAUAUGUCUAAAAAUGUGUCUAACAUCCAUUUUUGAUCGACAUAUAAACUGAAACUGACUGAAAUUACAGCUAAAUUAUUACUUUAUUCAGUAAAGACGGCUUCAUAUUUAACAUGCUUUUUAGCUGCUUUCAUUAUUUAAGUACAUUUUGACAAUUAAUUCAUUAAUGUAAUUAACUCUUCAGUAACCAGUUCGAUUGCUUUUUCAAAAAAUUUUUUUUACUCCCUUUGGGGAACUACGCCCAUUUUCAAAAUUCAUACGUGUUAUUCCUAUGGUCUAAGACAGUCCAUAAAUACUAGUAAACAUGAACAACUCUCCCAAAUUCAAAAUAAAGAAUGCUAAAACUCAAAUUUAAGAUGUCCUCAAG